AUGGCGUGGGUUGGAGGGGCAGCGGCGGAGGAUCCGCUGUGCGUGGAGCUGCCAGAGCGGCUGGCCAUCCUGCCGUUCCGCAAGCGCGUGCUGCUGCCCGGGGCCAUCAUCCGCAUCACGUGCUCCGACCCCAGCAGAUAUUACUGCCUUUGCCGAGUAGGUCGUUUCGUCGUGCGGUUGGUGGAGCAGGAGCUGUGGCAAAAGGACAAGCCCGCGCUGAUUGGAAUCGUACCUGUUAUAGAGCCUCCUGGUUCCGCGGAUAGCACUGGAAGCGGUGCUGCUGCUAGUGGCAGUGCUGCUACUAGUAACGAUGCUGCUAAUGGAGGUGAUGGAAAUGCGGAAGGAGGAGCAGGAGGGACGGGAGGGACUGGAGAGACGGCAGGAGGAGGGGAAGGGGCGGCAGAGGGAAAGGCGGUAGUGCGCGUGUGGGGGCCCAGCGGACCAGAGGAGGUGACGGGGGGAACGGCGAAGCUGCUGCUGGAAGACGUGAAGUGGCACCCCAGGGGUGUGGCAGCACGGGCGCUGCAUGUGGCCAAGGGCGUGGAGAGGCCCACAGGCCGGGUGACCUAUGCGGUGGUGCUGCAGGGCGUGUGUCGCUUUGCCAUCCUCUCCAUCAACUCUCGAGGGCCGUACCACGUGGCUCGGGUGUCCCAACUGGAUGCCACACCACAGGAGGUGGACCGCGUGCGAGGUGACGACGAGGUUCGGCGGCUGGGAAGGCAGCUGCUGCGAGUGGUGGAGGAGCUGGCGCGGGUGAUGGAGCAGGAGAAGCAGCGGCAGGUGACAGGGCUGAGGAAGGUGGCAGCAGAGUCCCAGCAGGCAUCGGCCGGGGAGAUGCAGAGGCUGGCAGAUAUACUCGUGGCCAGCGUAGAGGGCGGGCUGGCAGCGCGCCUGGCGAUGCUGGACGCGGUGAAUCCGCGGAUGAGGCUUCAACUGGCUGCCGCUAUCAUCUCCCUGCACUUGGAGAAGCUUCGCCUGGUGCAGCAAGCCAGCAGCGGCAGCAAGAAGAAAAAAACCCCUUCCUCCUCCUCCAAACCCCCUUUGCUCCAGCUCGGCCCCCCUCCCCCCUCCUCCUCCUCCUCUACCGCUUCUGGAGGGAAGGGCAGUGGGGAAGGCGAGGGGAAGGAGCGAGGGGCGGCAGGGGAUGGCGAGGAGGGGGACGAGGAGGAGGAGGAGGAGGAUGAUGACGAUGAUGAUGACGUGGCAGUGCUUGAAAGGCGCAUGAAGGAAGUCAAGAUGCCGCCCAACGUGUGGCGCCACGUGCGCCGUGAAUUGAAGCGCCUCCGCAAGAUGCAGCCGCAGCAGCCGGGCUACAGCACAACCCGUCAGUACCUGGAGCUUCUGAGCGACCUCCCCUGGGGCAUAUCGUCUCCCGUUACUGCUGCUGGUGCUGGUGGUGGUGGUGCUGGUGGCAGCAGCAGCGGCGCGCUGAUAGACGUGGCGGCAGCGAGGGAGCAGCUGGACAGGGAGCACUUUGGGCUGGAGAGGGUGAAGCAGCGCAUUCUCGAGUACAUCGCCGUCAGGAAGCUCAAGCCUGACGCCACGGGUCCUGUGCUGUGCUUCGUGGGUCCUCCUGGCGUGGGCAAGACAUCCCUGGUCUCUUCCAUCGCCAAGGCCCUUGGGCGCAAGUUUGUUCGGAUAGCGCUGGGAGGGGUGAAGGACGAGGCGGAUAUCAGAGGGCAUCGGCGGACUUAUGUUGGGAGCAUGCCGGGGCGACUGAUUGAAGGAGUCAAGCGUGUGGCCGUCAACAACCCAGUGAUGCUCCUCGAUGAGAUUGACAAGACGGGCGCCGAUGCCAGGGGUGAUCCAGCUGCGGCGCUGCUGGAGGUGCUGGACCCCGAGCAGAACAAGUGCUUCCAGGACCACUACCUGGGAGUCCCCUUUGAUCUCUCCCGCGUGGUGUUUGUGGCAACGGCCAACCGCGCAGCACCCAUCCCAGCCGCUCUGCUGGACCGCAUGGAGGUGAUUGAGCUGCCGGGCUACACCCCCGAGGAGAAGCAGCGAAUCGCCACGCGCCACCUCAUCCCGCGCGUGCUGGAGCAGCACGGCAUCACCAAGCGCCACCUCCACAUCUCCGAUCACGCGGUGGAGUUGCUGAUAACGCGCUAUACUCGUGAGGCAGGAGUGAGGAAUCUGAGUCGCCUGCUGGCAGCACUGGCGAGGCACGCUGCUGUGCAGGUGGCCCAGUCCAAUCGCUGCAUCCGCAUAGCGAGGGAAGUGAGCGGGACCACUGGGACGGCUUCUACCUCUGGCUCUGCUCCUGCUGGUGCACCCAUCUCAGCUGCUACUAUCAACACGGCUGACCCGCUGGCGGCAGCAGCAGCAGUGGGAGAUGCCAAGGCGGAGCUCGAGAUGGAGGUGGAGGCGAUAGGCAUGGAGGGCAAAGAGGUGGCAGCAGUGAUGGCGGACUCAGACCCAAUUGAAGUCACAGAGGAGAUGCUGGAGAAAGUGCUGGGGCCUCCCAAGUUUGACGGCAGGGAGGCAGCAGAGAGGGUUGCGACGCCGGGAGUGGCGGUGGGGCUGGUGUGGACCGCAGUGGGGGGGGAAGUGCAGUUCGUUGAAGCGACAGACAUGGUGGGGAAGGGGGAGCUGCAUCUGACAGGACAGCUGGGGGACGUCAUUAAGGAGUCAGCCCAGAUUGCACUCACUUGGGUCCGUGCCAGGGCAGCAGAGCUCUUCCCACCACCCCCUACCUCCACCCCUCCCUCCUCCUCCUCUCCGCCUUUCACACCAUCAGACCAUCCCUUCGAUGACACCACACCUGCUCCCGACCACCUCCCUCCUCUCGGCCCCUACGGCGCUGUCUCCUCCUCCCCCGCCUCUCCCCCUACUGUCGUCCCCACCAUCCAUCCCUCCUCCUUUGCUCCUCCUGCUGUCUCCGCUACUCCUGCUGUUGCUGCUGCUGGUACUUAUGCCACUGCUGCUUCUCGCUCUGCUGCUCCGUCUGCUGCUGCUGCAGUUGUUGCUGCUUCUCCCUCGGCCGCUGCUGAUGCUUCUGCUUAUGCGAGCAUGGCCUACCCGAGCACUGCUGCUAUUACCAACGGCAAGAGCAGCAGUAGCAGCAUCCGCCGUGGCAGCAACAUCGCAUCAUCAGCUGGCCCUGUGCCUCUCCCUCGCAAUCUCAUGGAGGGGCGAGACAUUCACAUCCACUUCCCCGCAGGUGCUGUGCCCAAGGACGGCCCAUCGGCUGGUGUUACGCUGGUAACUGCACUCGUGUCUCUCCUCUCCAACCGCUGUGUGCGGUCCGACACGGCUAUGACCGGCGAGCUCACACUCAGAGGCCUGGUGCUGCCUGUAGGAGGGGUUAAGGAGAAGAUUCUCGCUGCCCAUCGCUGCGGCAUCAGGCGAGUUAUUCUGCCCGAAAAGAACAUCAAGGAUCUCCAGGAGGUGCCAGCUGCUGUGCUGGCAUGCAUGGAGGUAGGCUGA